AUGGAAACCUUUUGCUUCAGGGUGUCCUUUUGGGUGGCGCUGGUUGGAUGUGUAAUUAGUGAUAAUCCUGAGAGCUACAGCACCAAUCUAAGCACGCAUAUAGACGAUUUUACCACUUUUCGUGGGACAGAGCUUGGCUUCCUGGUUACCACUCAUCGACCCACUAAUUUGGCCCUACCCAGCAAUGGCUCAAUGAACAACUAUUGUCCACAGCAGACAAAGAUUACUUCAGCUUUCAAAUACAUUAACACUGUGAUAUCUUGUACUAUUUUCAUCGUGGGAAUGGUGGGGAACGCAACUCUGCUCAGAAUCAUUUACCAGAACAAGUGUAUGAGGAAUGGACCCAACGCGCUGAUAGCCAGCCUUGCCCUUGGAGACCUUAUCUAUGUGAUCAUUGAUCUCCCUAUCAAUGUAUUUAAGCUGUUGGCUGGGCGCUGGCCUUUUGAUCACAAUGACUUUGGCAUAUUUCUAUGCAAGCUGUUCCCCUUUUUGCAGAAGUCUUCAGUGGGGAUCACAGUCCUCAAUCUCUGUGCUCUCAGUGUUGACAGGUACAGAGCUGUUGCUUCCUGGAGUCGUGUUCAGGGAAUUGGGAUUCCCUUGGUCACUGCCAUUGAGAUUGUCUCCAUCUGGAUCCUUUCUUUUAUCCUGGCCAUCCCUGAAGCAAUUGGCUUUGUCAUGGUGCCCUUUGAAUACAAGGGUGAACAGCAUAAAACCUGUAUGCUCAAUGCCACAUCACGGUUCAUGGAGUUCUACCAAGAUGUGAAGGACUGGUGGCUGUUUGGCUUCUACUUCUGCAUGCCCUUGGUGUGCACCGCAAUCUUCUAUACCCUCAUGACUUGUGAGAUGUUAAACAGAAGGAAUGGAAGCUUGAGAAUUGCCCUCAGUGAACAUCUUAAACAGCGUCGAGAAGUGGCAAAAACAGUUUUCUGCUUGGUUGUAAUUUUUGCUCUUUGCUGGUUUCCUCUUCAUUUAAGCCGUAUUUUGAAGAAAACCGUGUAUAAUGAGAUGGACAAGAACCGAUGUGAAUUACUUAGUUUCUUGCUGCUCAUGGAUUACAUUGGCAUUAACUUGGCAACUAUGAAUUCAUGUAUAAACCCAAUAGCUCUAUAUUUUGUGAGCAAGAAAUUUAAAAAUUGUUUUCAGUCUUGCCUCUGCUGCUGCUGUUACCAGUCCAAAAGUCUGAUGACCUCAGUCCCCAUGAAUGGAACCAGCAUCCAGUGGAAGAACCAUGAACAAAACAACCACAACACAGAGAGGAGCAGCCACAAAGAUAGUAUAAACUAA